AUGAAUUAAUCAAAUACCAAUGCAUUUCAUCUUCAUCUUCAUCUUCUCAAUUCUCUCUAAAUUAUAGUAGGAGUAGUUCUAUAAAUUUAUUCCUCAAAAAAUGACUCGCCGCUUCCGAUCCAAAUCCUGUUCUCUCAGCUCAACCCCGCCGCCUCUCUACGAAGGCGACGACGGCUAUUUCGCUGAUUUCAACACUGAUGACGAAGACGACGACGGCGGCGGAUUUUCCGAGAAUCCAGCAUCCACGCCUUUUUUGAGCCCAGGCGGAAAUGGUGAGAAUCAGCCGCAGUUUUCUGUGCUGGGGGUGGUGGCGGCGGCGCUGAGGAAGUCUCUCGUGACGUGCUCCGUCGACGCCGACGACGUUGCAUCUGACGUGGACAUAGGCUGGCCUACUGACGUACGCCACGUGUCACACGUCACCUUUGACCGAUUUGAUGGCUUCCUGGGCCUACCGCUAGAGCUCCAGCCCGAAAUCCCUCCUAAACCCCCCAGCGCCAGUGCUAGUGUAUUUGGAGUUUCUGCCCAGUCAAUGCAGUGUAGCUUUGAUCAAAGAGGAAACAGCAUACCAACAAUUCUUCUCAUGAUGCAGAGCAUGCUGUAUGAACAAGGCGGCCUUCAAGCAGAAGGAAUUUUCAGAAUUAAUGCUGAGAAUAGUCAAGAAGAUAGUGUUAGGAAGCAGCUGAACAAAGGAGUUGUGCCACAUGGAAUUGAUGUCCACUGCUUAUCUGGUUUGAUAAAGGCUUGGUUUAGAGAACUUCCUUCAGGAGUGCUUGACUGUUUAAAAGCAGAAGAUGUGAUGCAUUGCAACACAGAGGAAGAGUGCAGUGAGCUCGUAAAACAGCUUCCUCCUACUGAAGGCGCGCUGCUCGACUGGGCCAUCAAUCUAAUGGCCGACGUGGUGCAGCACCACCAACGUAACAAGAUGAACGCAAGGAACAUUGCUAUGGUUUUCGCACCAAACAUGACUCAGAUGGCUGAUCCUCUGACUGCACUCGUCCAUGCUGUCCAAGUCAUGAACUUUGUCAAGACCUUCAUAGAGAAAACACUUGCAGAGAGACAAGAAGGUCAGCAGAGUGCUGCUGCUGCAGUUGUUGUUGAUGAUGAUGAAUCUCGCAGCUGCAGUAAUGCAGUCGCGAGUACUAGUACUGAGGUGGCUGCCACCAUGACCACGACCACGCGUAAAAGGCGAACCUUCGGGCAUGGUUUCAAAGAGGAAUAUGAAGCAGAGGACGGAAUUCUCCAUCGCCUUAGUCUGCGGAGAGGUAUGCAAAAGCUAUACCGACAUCCAGUGUUCCACUUGACCAAGACACAACCUAAGAAGCUAUAUAAUUCUAGUUAAUCUCUUUUUAAUGCUUUUAAGCUAGCUAUUUUUUUUUUCUUCCACAUAAAUAGACAGGCUUUAGACAGCUUGGUUUGGAGCUAUGAUUCUUAGGUGUUUGUCUUGGGAAAUUAGGAUUUUCUAUUUAUCCAAGUCUGUUUAUUUAUUCAUUCUAACAAUACCCAAACAAUUCGAUCUUUGUUUUAUUUAUUUAUUAAAGAAGAUAAAUAAUGUUCGCCAUUUA